CGUCUCAGGCUCAAAUUAUGUUUGCUCUGGAAUGCUUUGUUCCGGACCCAAUAAUUGGACCUCAGGUUUUCUGGGUUCAGUCAGGCUUGUUUCUUUCUUCACUGUUCGCUAGUCUUUAUGCCUCAAAACUUUACGUACAAAUCUAACGAAAAGUGAAAACUUUCGUAAAUUUGAUUACUAAAAUUUCCCAUUCUCUUUUCGAGCUCUGAAAAACGGUUAAAAGCUUUGGGCUUUUUAUUUUUUAUUUUUUGGGUAAAUAAAAGUUUUGUGCUUUGAAUGUCGAUGGUUUCGUUUCUAGGGUCAGUGAGGCCAGCCCCGUUUGCCAUGUCCUCUUUUGGACCAUAUCGGCGCCAAAUAUCUCUCUAUAGCUCUCCUCUUUCCUUUCCACGAACUGGGUUCUUCCCGUUCAAGAGGAUUCUCCAUGCUUGCUUUCAAUCUAAUUCAGCAAGUAAGGAUCUUGGAGUUCAGUUACCUUCACAUCAAUCUGAAAUCAUAUUUAUUGGGACGGGAACAAGUGAAGGGAUCCCUCGUGUGAGCUGCCUAACAGAUCCUUUAAAGAAAUGCCUGGUCUGCACCAAAGCUGUGGAACCUGGUAAUAAAAAUAGGAGACUCAACACUAGUAUUCUCAUUCGCUACUCUGGGCCAUCUGGAAGACGCAACAUUCUGAUAGAUGCUGGAAAGUUUUUCUACCAAAGUGCUCUACGAUGGUUUCCUGCUUAUGGGAUAAGAACAAUUGAUGCGGUUAUAAUUACUCAUUCUCAUGCUGAUGCAAUUGGAGGUCUUGAUGAUCUUCGUGACUGGACAAAUAAUGUACAGCCUUACAUUCCAAUUUAUGUUGCAAGGCGCGAUUUUGAGGUGAUGAAGAAGACUCAUUAUUACCUAGUCGAUACAAGUGGCGUUAUCCCUGGGGCUGCGGUUUCUGAAUUGCAAUUCAAUAUCAUAAACGAGGAGCCAUUUGUUGUUCAUGACGUGAAGAUUACACCUCUACCAGUGUGGCAUGGCCAUGGAUAUCGUUCCCUUGGGUUCCGUUUUGGCAAUGUUUGUUACAUAAGUGAUGUUAGUGACAUACCAGAAGAAACUUAUCCACUUCUUAAGGACUGUGAAAUCCUGAUUAUGGAUGCUUUAAGGCCUGAUCGGUCUUCUGCAACACACUUUGGGCUUCCAAGGGCCUUAGAGGAGGUGAGGAAAAUCAAACCAAAGAGAGCACUUUUCACCGGUAUGAUGCAUCUCAUGGACCAUGAAAAAGUGAGUGAAGAUCUCACAAAUUUGAUGGACACAGAAGGUCUUGACGUACAACUAAGUUAUGAUGGAUUGUGUGUGCCAGUAAUGCUCUAGCCUUUUUCUUUAUUUCUAAUGUGGCCACAAUGAGCUGCAACAUCAUUUUUAUACAACAAUAUGACCCCAUUCUUUCCCCUCGAUGUUACCAAACACAAGGUUGAAACUGCAACUCUUACCAAACAUUUAAAUACAUGGUGAAAUAAGAAACUCAUGACUUUUUGGCAAAGUCCCCCGACUUUGACAACACCAACUUUUGGCUCACCCUUCAAGUUUUACUUUUAGUAUAUGCUAUAUAUUCUUUUCUUUCUCUUUUCCUGGCAUACACAUGUUUGAAAACAAGAGAGGGUGGCUUCAUUGCCUCACUACAUGUCACCGUGGGACCUGCUUAAAACCUUUUCGAAAUGCAUGUACAAUAAUUGCGGUAGUAGUCAACACAAGAUUCUCCUGCUUUUGGCAUGCGUGAAGGCGGUACACAUUCACUCAACAAAAGGUGAUUGUUACAAUUUUUUGGACCAUCUACACCAAAGCAUGUUUUACAAAAUUUUUGGGAAGAUUGGUUUGAGUGUCCAUUCUGGGUUGAAUUUUUUGCUUAUGGUUAAAUCUGCUAGAUUUUGAUGAUGACAAAUAGUUUGUUCAAGCUUGGACGAACUUCCAGAGGGCUGUGUUCAUUCAAAUAUGGUUGAAUAAGAGAUUGCAUCUCUUUCCUUCCAUAAUUUUGUUUCCCAUUGACCACUACAAAAUUGGCUGAUAUGUAAUUCACUUAACUGUUUAUAAUUUCUUGAAUUCGAGAUAAACUUUGAAGAAAUUUAUGGAACACCCAUAUGGAGGGAAUGGAGCUGUUGAGUCCCCGA